GAGAGAGAGAGAGAGAGAGAGAGAGAGAGAGAGAGAGUUUGUGUUGCGUCGGAGCCUGCACAGCGAUCAAGGAUCUGUUCUCUUUUCAAUUACUAUAGCUAGCUUGGUUUGUGCAAUUGUCUGCGAGGCUAAGAUGAGCUCUACUGGCCCUUCAGUGGGUUCUGGUGGUCGAACUGCUCGGAGGGUAGUUGAGUUUGGAAGGACCUAUGUGGUGAGGCCUAAAGGUAAACACCAAGCCACUGUAGUUUGGCUACAUGGCCUUGGUGAUAAUGGCUCAAGCUGGUCCCAGCUAUUGGAGACCCUUCCUCUUCCAAACAUCAAAUGGAUAUGCCCAACUGCUCCUACCCAGCCAAUUACUGUUUUUGGUGGCUUUCCUUCCACUGCUUGGUUUAAUGUGGGUGACCUAUCAGAAGAUGCUCCUGAUGAUUUAGAGGGUUUGGAUGCUUCAGCAGCACAUGUUGCAAAUUUGUUGUCAACAGAGCCCGCUGACAUUAAACUUGGUGUUGGAGGCUUCAGUAUGGGUGCAGCUACUGCACUAUAUUCUGCAACCUGCUUUACGGAGGGAAAAUAUGGGAACGGCAAUCCAUUCCCUGCCAAAUUAAAUGCAGUUGUUGGACUAAGUGGCUGGCUUCCAUGUUCAAAGACCUUGGCUAAGAAGUUGGAGGGGGUGAAUGAAGCUGCAAGGCGUGCUGUGUCCUUGCCUAUUUUGCUCUGUCAUGGGAAAGGUGAUGAUGUGGUUCUUUAUAAAUUUGGUGAGAAAUCCUCACAGUCCUUUAGUUCAUGUGGAUUUCAGGAUGUGACGUUCAAAAGCUAUAAUGGGCUUGGCCACUACACAAUACCUGUAGAGAUGAAUGAAGUCUGUGCUUGGCUAACCUCAAAGUUGGCACUUGAGGGGGCCUCUUCAUAAGAUUCAAAUCUCGAGUAACAGCAAGAGAGCAGGAACAGGAAAACGGAAGGAAUUGUAAGGAACAAAUUUGGGGUGUCAUGUACACAUUACAUUGUCAUAAUUCUAUGGAUAUUGUUUUGAUAUUGUUUUGGCUGGUUGGCACCUGUAUGAGCCAUAAUUAUGUAUUAUAAUACAUUUAUUUUGGUCAUUGAAAAUGUAAGUUUGGAAUUUGGCAUUCCAUCGUA